UUCUCUCUAUUCCCCAGGGAAGACGAUGAAGCUGUAGAGAUGCUUCCCUACGUGAUUGCCACCCUGGGCUCAGCAGGGGCCACCUGCAAAACCUCCACAUGCAGCAACAGCACCAAGGACUACUGCUACAGUGCCCGCAUCCGCAGCACAGUGCUGCAGGGGCUGCCUUUCGGCGGGGUGCCCACUGUCCUAGCCCUUGAUUUCAUGUGCUUUCUUGCAUUGUUGUUUGUCUUCUCAAUUUUGCGUAAAGUUGCUUGGGACUAUGGACGCCUGGCCCUGGUGACUGAUGCUGACAGGCGCCGACGAUGGCAGACGGAGCGAGAAGAGCGGGAAUAUGUAGCCUCCGCUCUGCACUCUGACAACCAUGACCGCUACGAGCGUCUCACCUCCGUCUCCAGCUCUGUGGACUUUGACCAGAGGGACAAUGGUUUCUGCUCCUGGUUGACAGCCAUCUUCAGAAUAAAGGAUGAUGAGAUCCGGGACAAAUGCGGGGGUGACGCAGUACACUACCUGUCCUUCCAGAGGCACAUCAUCGGACUGCUGGUGGCUGUGGGUGUGCUCUCCGUGGGCAUCGUGUUGCCUGUCAACUUCUCAGGGGACUUGCUAGAAAACAAUGCAUACAGCUUUGGGAGGACAACGAUCGCUAACCUAAAUUCUGGGAAUAACCUGCUGUGGCUGCACACAUCUUUUGCCUUCCUGUACCUGCUGCUGACAGUGUACAGCAUGCGCCGGCACACCUCCAAGAUGCGCUACAAAGAGGAUGACUUGGUGAAGCGAACUCUCUUCAUCAAUGGGAUUUCAAAAUAUGCUGAGCCAGAAAAGAUCAAGAAGCAUUUUGAGGAGGCCUAUGCCAACUGCACUGUGCUGGAAGCACGUCCCUGUUAUGAUGUGGCUCGGCUGAUGUUUCUCGAUGCUGAGAGGAAGAAAGCUGAGCGCGGGCGAAUCUACUUCACCAACCUGCAGAGCAAGGAGAACACCCCAUCCAUGAUCAACCCCAAGCCCUGUGGUCACCUGUGCUGCUGUGUCAUCAGGGGCUGUGAGGAGGUGGAAGCCAUUGAGUACUACACUAAACUGGAGGAGAAACUCAAAGAUGACUACAAGCGGGAGAAGGAGAAGGUGAAUGAGAAGCCUCUGGGAAUGGCCUUUGUCACCUUUCAUAAUGAGACUAUCACAGCCAUAAUCCUCAAAGACUUCAAUGCUUGCAAGUGCCAGGGCUGUGCAUGUCGUGGGGAGCCCAGGGCCUCCUCCUGCAGUGAAUCUCUGCACGUUUCCAACUGGACUGUCAGUUAUGCCCCUGACCCACAAAACAUUUACUGGGAACAUCUCUCCAUCCGGGGCUUCAUUUGGUGGAUCCGCUGCCUGGUGAUCAAUGUGGUCCUCUUCAUCCUCCUCUUUUUCCUCACCACCCCUGCAAUCAUCAUCACCACUAUGGACAAGUUCAAUGUCACCAAGCCUGUGGAGUACCUCAAUAACCCCAUCAUCACUCAGUUCUUUCCGACUCUGCUGCUGUGGUGCUUCUCCGCUCUGCUGCCCACCAUUGUGUAUUACUCUGCCUUUUUUGAAGCACACUGGACCAGGUAGGGACAGCCAGUGCCUGUUCUUGGCUUGUUGCCUGGCAUCUUGAUACUUCUCACUAAUGCAAAGCUGUGGCCAGGCCAGCUUGUCUUGCUUGGAUUGCUGUCUUCACUCCAAGUGUGGUGUCAUGUGGCACCUUUUGGUCACCUUGGGCCUGCUGUGGACAGCUCUGCCAGCCACUAGCAUGGGCUUAUAUUGAGCAGAGAGUGAUAUACUUCUGCAGGAAAAGUAGGAGGAGCUGGGGCCAAUGCCUUUGAAAAUUGCUAGUAGCAAGGGAAGUCUUGGCUAAGGUGAGUGUGCAGGUGUGGUGUGCCUGUACUCGUGGAAGUCAUCACUUUUCCAAGGAAAAAUUGUGUUGGCUGCCGUGGCUUCUGGCAGCAGUGAAUGGAUUUGACUUGCAGAGCACUGGCAAAUGUGCAUAUACCUCACAAAUAGUGCAAGACCACUCACCACUUGUGUGGUGGGAUGCAGGGCUGCUAGGCAGCAUUACCCUUCUCCAACCUUCCAGGCCCCACCAUGUGUUAAAACAUAAUCUCUUUCAGC